GAAAACCACCAAAAAACUCGUUGCCUCGAAGUACUGUUGAAAAAACAUAGUUACAGUUUCUCUCUCUCCAGAAGUAGAAACCUAUGCAAACACCGUCACAUAAAACACUUUGAACACGAUCUGCACUCCGUUUCUAUAUUUCCUCCGAAGUCUCUGGUAUAUAUAUUUUCUUUGUUGGGUCUCAAUGCAUAUUUGUUCCGAAGAUGGAUUCUUCGAAGAAACUCGUCUUCUCCGACCAGAUUCUCUCUUCGAGGAGAAAGAUCUUAACCAGAUUCGGACUCGGCAUUGCAGUUUCCCUCGCUUUUCUGACGCUUCUCUUGCUUACUAACUCCUCCAAUGUCCCUCUUGUCUCUUCAUCUCCAUUGUUCCAAGCUUUUCGUGGCUCCAAUCUCAACCCGUCAACUGCUUCUUGGCGCUUCUCCUUCCCUGGUUCUUCCUCUGUCAAGCAAGUCGAUAACAGUACACAAGGAUCGGAUUUUUCCGAUGAUAAAGCCUCAAGCUUUAGUGUAGAACAAAGAUCUGAAGCAACAGGGGGUGUUCCUAUUCCUGUUCCUGUUCCUGUUCCUAUUCCUGUUCCUGUUCCUGCCCAGAUUGCAAAUUUAUCAGAAGAUGUCGGAAAACGAACGAGUGACCAGAAAACCCUUGAAUCAAAUGCGAUACCUUCCGCAAAUAGCUCGACUUUGGUCUCUGAUUUCGGUGGGAAGGUUUCGCUGGGCAAUGGUUCUGAGACAGUGGCGAAGAACUACGAAGAGGGUAAUUUCACAAGUGAAGUGAAAGAGAAUCAGAGUGAUGGAACCAGAGAUUCGUACGAGGAUUGUGAUAUAUAUGAUGGAAACUGGGUGAGAGUGGAUGAUGAGACGAUGCCGUACUAUCCACCAGGUUCAUGUCCGUACAUAGACAGAGAUUUCAACUGUUUUGCUAAUGGUAGAACCGAUGAUGCUUUUGUUAAAUGGAGAUGGCAGCCAAAUGGGUGUGAUAUUCCCAGGUUGAAUGCAACCGAUUUCUUGGAGAAGCUGAGAGGGAAGAAACUGGUUUUCGUGGGGGAUUCAAUAAACCGGAACAUGUGGGAGUCUCUGGUUUGCAUUCUUCGCCAUAGCCUCAAGAACAAGAAAGCAGUAUACGAGAUCUCGGGGAGGGGAGAAUUCAAGAAGAAAGGGUUUUACGCGUUCAGAUUCGAGGACUAUAAUUGCACGGUGGAUUUCGUUGGUUCGCCGUUUCUCGUUAGAGAAUCAAGCUUCAAAGGCGAAAAUGGAACCUUUGAAACUCUAAGGUUGGAUCUGAUGGACAAGACGACAUCGAUGUAUCAAGAUGCAGACAUCUUGGUCUUCAACACGGGUCAUUGGUGGACUCAUGACAAGACAAAGCUCGGAGAAAACUAUUAUCAGGAAGGUAAUUACGUGCACCCGAGGCUCAAAGUCUUAAAAGCAUAUAAGAGAGCUCUCAUGACUUGGGCGAGAUGGGUCGACCAGAAUAUUGAUCGAAAUCGAACCCACGUUAUAUUCCGAGGAUAUUCCGUUACACAUUUCAGAGGAGGGCCGUGGAACUCGGGAGGGCAAUGCCACAGAGAAACAGAGCCAAUAUUCAACAAGAGAUACUUGGCCAAGUACCCGUCGAAAAUGAGAGCGUUGGAAUACAUUCUCCGGGAUGAGAUGAAAACGCCGGUGAUAUAUAUGAACAUAAGCCGGUUGACGGAUUUCAGGAAAGACGGGCAUCCGUCGAUAUACAGAAAGGUUUAUGAGACGGAGGGGGAGAGAAGAGAGGCAGUGAGCCAUCAAGAUUGUAGCCACUGGUGCUUGCCCGGCGUUCCUGAUACUUGGAACGAGCUUUUGUACGUUUCUCUUUUGAAAAAGGCAAGGAUAGUGUCUUCUGCUUAGGACUACUCUCUUUAUAAAUGUAGAUAACAUUGUCAUAUGGCAAUUUCACACUCAAAUUCGUCAAAUUGUGUGGUAUGAUCA